AAUGUGACGUUUGAUGCUUCUAUUAUACACCAAGUUUUCUUUCUUCUAUAAUUACAAACUUGUUAAUUAACUUGAAUGUUUUAUUCCUAAAAUCCUUCUACUGCUAAACUCACCACCUUUAAGAUUUUCUUCUGUAGCAAGAAUUUGAUCAUUCUGCAGCAUAUCUACUUGUUGAGGAAAAUUCUUUUGUCAUUGUGACUCUGAUUAUUUUUUCAUUUGAGUGUUAAGCAAAUAGGUUUGAAUUCUCUUAUGUAAUCAGGAUUUUAUUUAAAUCUAUCUCUUUAGUUUGCUUCUCUAGGUGGACUUUUUUGCUAAGGCGGAGGCGGAGUUUAGAAUUUUGAGUUUAUGGAUUCUGAAUUAUAGAAAAGACAGGUUACUAAUUUUGGAUAAAUUAUUUAUACAUAUUAAGUGGAAUUUUAAACACAAAUAUUGGAUUUAGGGCAAAGCUACUGGUUCUGUCGAACUUGUAGACAGACUUGUAACUCCACUCUUGCACUGAGGGAUUGAUCAAUGGUGGAAUUGUUAACUACUACUUCAUAAAUCUUGGUAGAAAAUAGAAUUAAGUUAUCAAGAAAUCCGGGGAAGGGAAAGGAUAGGGAAUGGAAAUGGAGGGAAGAGGAUAUUCAGAUUUUUGUAGAAACACGAGCGAAGAAUUGUUCAUAAGAACUAUGAUGGAGAACUCAGUAGGAGUGCCUGUUCCUACAAUGGAGAUGUUGGGUUUUAGAAACAUCUCCCAUUCCCUUCGAACCGACAGUGAAGAACUCUUCAAAAGCUGGCUCACAAGUGCAGAGAAUAAUGGCAGUGAUUCUACACCGAUGGCUCAUCGUGCUAGACAAGAAUCACGAAGGAUCUCCAGUGAACUUGCGGGUCUAUCUAGUCAGCAGAAUGGGGGAAUUCAGAAAAGAAAAGUGGCUGACACUCUACAGCCACAAAAUACAUGUAUAGCCAAAGAAUCGUCUAGCAACCUUAACCAACAUUUAACCAGGAACGUGACAGAUAGGGAAAUGCAAGCAAGUAAUCUGUUUUUAGCUAAGACCUGGUUCCAUAGUUCUCAGCCCAUGACGAGAAGUCGCUCCUCUGAGUUAAGGAGGAGGUAUGCAGCUAUGCAGAACUCACAGUCUUCACUAGCUCGUGAAGCCUUGCAUAAUAUACCUGGAAAUUCUGUUAAUAACUUUAACGAGGAAGUUGCAGAUCCAAUUGGGUACACUGACAUGUCGAUGUGUGAAAUUAACAACCAACCCAAUACUUUUGUAUCUCCAUCCAACUCAUCUUCAUCAACUUUUGAAACUCAGCAAGUGGAUGGUGCAGAUAAUAUUUCCUCUGUUGUAAGCAUGCUGAAGGGUACCUUAGAACGGAAGAAAUUAACAAACUAUCAUACUGCUAGGGAAGCCAUUGAGGAAAAUAUGCUGGGGUAUUAUGGUAAUCAAGAAGUCUUUUGUAACUCCAGCAUUAAUCAUAUCUCUGAAAAUCAAGGGACAUAUCAGGAUGCAUCCGUUGUUCAAGUCAGAGAUACGGGGAUUCUACAAACAGUGCAGGGGUCAUUUAAUGACGUCUUAGAAGGUAUUAUGGCUCCCUCAAACCCAAUCCAGAUGGCCGUGGUAUCACAGGAACAUUCUCGAAGUGAAUCUUCUGUUGCUGCACCAAUAAUUUCAACCAGUUUUGAUAUAUGUGAUGGUCUGAGCAAUGCAAGUCAAGCUUUAAAUGUGUACGAGGGCUCUAGAAAUCAAGUUGGAUAUACAAGGAGCUCAGAAAAUGGUUCAACUGCUAGAGAUAUUAGAGAACGAAUAUAUGAUAACGUGAAGGACAACCAAAAGACAUCGCAGAAAGAAGGUUUAGUUCGAAAUGGAUCUUUGACAUCAGUUCAAUCAGCGGAAAAUGGAGAUCCUAAAAAGAAGCGAAGGGUGGAGCGGUCUCGGAAAAUGGCAGAAGCCAAAGAGAGAAAUUUAACACCAGCAAUGCCUUCAGAUAUGCAAUCUCUUAUGAAGCGCUGUGAGAAUCUGGAGAAGGAAGUCCGAUCACUUAAACUUAAUUUGGCGUUUAUGAAUAGAAAGGAUUCUGAACAGACUACGCAAAUUGAAGAGCUGCAGAAGCAGAAUGAGGACUUGAUUAAGGAGAAAGAGCGCCUACUUGGAGAAAUCGAGAGGAUCAUUUCAGAAUCUGGAAGGUUUUAAAUGUCUCCACCUUAACUGCUAAGGUUACUGUUGCUUUUUAGCAGCUCCAAAUGUGCUUCCUUAGGAGGUUCAAUGGGGUUGAUACAAGCAUAGGAAAUUAGGCUGAAUUCAAUUCAAUGUUGCAUGUUUUCAGUUUGUAAUCCAAAUCUCAAGUGACAGAAAUCUACGGUUGCAUAUAAGAGCAGAAUCCCCAAAAUUGUGAUGAACUUGAACAUUGUAUGAGUACAUUGUAGAAUGCUUGGGUACGUACUAUGGAGUUUUAAAAGGUUUUCUGAAGUACCUUUGUUUCCUUUUCUGCUAAUAUCUUGUAAAAUUCAAAUUCUCUCUCACUAUGUUUUGUGACGUUUCUUUCGUUAACAAUAAAAUCCCCUAGCUGACCAAUUUCCUUUCA